GUUAGUAAUGUCUAAGUAAUCAGCUUAUCAAUAUCUCUUCUUGUUCAAAAUUGUAUUCAAGUGCAAUAAUGUUUUCUCAAAUUAAUAUGGAUAAAAAUUUUCUUAAGGAAUAUGGAGAAUUAUGCAUAAAUUACAACGUUACUGAUGUAGCUAUGGGGUGUCCAGAUUAUAAGCCUGCAUCAUUUGUUGAAAAUGCUCUUAAUGGAAUUGUUCACAACCAUCGUGUUUUUGAGCAUCAAUAUACCGAUCCAAAUGGUUAUCCAAGUCUUGUGCACAAUUUCUCAAAGGUGUAUUCACAACUGCUAAACAAAAAUUUAACUAAAGAAGAAAUAUUGAUAACUGCUGGAUCUAGUGAAGCACUGUUUUGUGCUGUUCUUAGUUUGGUAUCUCCUGGUGAUGAAGUCAUCAUAUUUGAACCAUUCUUCAUGGUGUUUGAAACCCUCGUGAAAAUGGCGCAAGGUUUUCCCAAAUAUUCAAAAUUGAAAUGGAUGAACAUUAAUCCGAAAAAUCAAACUUCGGCUGAUUGGAAAGUUGAUCAAGAAGAAUUGUCGCAAUUAUUUAACGAAAAAACCAAAGUUGUUAUAGUAAAUACUCCUCACAACCCUACGGGAAAAGUAUUUACCUAUGAAGAACUUACUAUUAUUGCUGAUUUAUGUAAAAAAUGGGAUGUUAUAUGCAUAGCCGAUGAAGUGUACGAGCAUAUGGUGUAUAAACCAUGCAAACAUAUUAGAAUUGCUACACUUCCCGAUAUGUUCGAAAGGACGGUCACUAUAGGAGCUUGUGAAAAAUCGUUUGGAGUCACUGGUUGGCAGGUUGGUUUUGCAUAUGGAGAUCAACGUUUGAUUGAGAAAUUACAAACUCUACAUCAGUAUACAGUUUUCUCUGCUUGCACGCCAAUACAAGCGGCAUUUGCAAAAAUUUUUCAAGAAGUAUAUGAUAGGAUGAUGAAUAGUAAGUCAUAUUUUGAACUUUUUGGAGAAGAUUUGAAAGAAAAGCGUGAUUAUUUUCUUAAAAAUUUACAUGGGACCGAUUUCAAUCCAAUUGUUCCAGAAGGAGGAAUGUAUGUCAUGAUAGAUAUAUCUAAACAUGUGGCUGGAACUGAUCUAUCCGAGGAACAAGACACAUUUUUGGACGAAAAGUUUAUCAAACGACUAGUAAAAAAGCAUUCAUUAAAAGUAUUUCCUUUAACAAUUUCCUGCACCAAAGAUAAUAAAAAAAAAUUUGAAACGUUUAUAAGAAUUUGUUUUGUUAAGGAACUUUCUACGUUGGAUUCUUGUUUAUCCAUUCUUAAGAGAUUCGGUAGUGUUGAACAAGAGCUAAAAGAAAACAUAGCAACCUAAAGUUGUCAGAAUUCACCUCCAAAAGUUUAAGCAAGAUAAUAAUUGUAUUAUAUACCAUUGUACUAUUUUUUAUAUAGGUGGAAUUAAAACUUUUUUCCAAUAGAA